AAUCGAUAUCCAUAUACAUGACACCCCUGAGUUCACGAUUAACGGAACAGCCGAGCGGCGACAUCGACGAAAUCUGAACUGACGAACAGCUACCGCCGACGCGGCGACGCUUGUCGGUUGGCAGUUUGGCCGCCUGCUGGAUCUUCAAUUCCUUAUUCCUCAAUCCUCAGGCCUCACCCUCCUGGUGCUGCGUGGUGCAUAGUCGCCUUCAGCCCUUCACGGCUUCACUGCCUGUGUGCAUCAGCCCCUCACCAAUCAAUCCAAUCAGCGACAGCCUUUAGACUCUUUAGGUGAUAUUGAGAAAGUUAGAGGGAGGGAGAAAGAGAGCUAGGGUGCAUGUGAAUGGCGGAAUUCGUUGAGGCUGACAAUUCAGAAGCUAUAAUCACAAGAAUUGAGCAUAAGUCUCGGAAGAUUGAAAGCUUACUCAAACAGUAUAAACCCGUGGAAGCUCUGAAAACUGCUCUUGAAGGCUCACCUCCCAUGACUAAAGAUGAAAGAUGCAAGUCUGCAAAUUGGAUUGUAGUCCAUAGGGCAAUCAUGGCUAUAAAGGAUUUGGACAGCUUGUUCUCUUCUCUAGAUCCCGAGUACUAUGAUAUUCUUAUGAAGUAUCUCUACAGAGGCUUAUCCACUGGGGACCGCCCCACAUGUGAUCAGUGCCUAAGAAUUCAUGAAAAGCUGACCGAGAAAGCUGGUCUGGGCUGUAUACUAAGGUCUCUUGCUGAUACUGUAAAUAUCGUCUAGUGUUUCUACUCUAUAUAUUUCGGAGGAAGUAGAGCAACUAUUUUUCAUUUGGCAACUAUUGGUAUGCAUUCGGUAUUCCAUAGUUUAAGGCGGUCGAGUGUAAUAAGUUAGGUAUUGUCUUUUUUAGACUUGGUUCUUUGGAAGAAAUACAUAUAUUAGCAACUUGUACGGGUUAUUUAUCCUAGUUUACUAUAUCCGAG